CGAACCAAGCCUCAGAGAUCACCACGCACAGCAGCUAGCACCACCACCGCCGCCGCCGCCCUCAGGAAGCGCAGUCGACGCAGCUGAGCCAUGGCCCGCCGCACAGCCCUCAUCCUCGCCGCGGUCCUCCUCGUCGCCCUUGCCGUCGCACCAUUGACCAAGGCCAAGAAGGCCGCCAAGGACAAGGAGGAGAAGGCCGCCGACGCCCCCGCGGCCGACGCGCCGGCCGCCGACUCGCCCGCGGAGGGGCCCUCCGAUGGACCGGCGGCUGCCCCCGGGCCCGAGGGCAUCUCCGGACUCUCGGACGACAAUGACGACGACGACGACAAGUGAACCCGAGUGCCCUUCUGGAAGGAUCCGUUCCAUGCUGACCAGAUCACCCGCGUGGAUUUUAAUUUCGAGACCAUGAUGAUAAUAAUACUACGCAUGGGCCUGUUGCCCUGCUAGGAGGAUGCCGUCGUAGUUCAAAUUUGUGUUUUUCUGCCUUUUCGAUUGUUAUUAUGGUGAGCCGUGUCAUUUGUCGUGUUUCUUAAUUCAUGUUAUUUGUAAUAACAGUAUUUAUUGAAUCAAAUGUUUCUGUGUU